UUGUCAGCAUAGCAUAAAAAGUAUUCAAAUCCAAUAUCCGGUCACCUCUUUAAAAGGUUUGUGUCGGAUUUUCCAGCUCAGUGGCAUAUGUAUUUCCAGUCUCGGCUGUCUCUUUAAGACAACGAUAGCUUUGUGUCUGAUUAAUUCAAUGUAACGAGAGAUGCAUUGGAGAAACCUAUUUUCCGCUGUAACUGAUGUACCAGCUACAGAGAGUGUGAAAAAGCUUGACAUUUCUUUCCUAUUGGUCAUGAUCAUCGGAUAAUCCAAUUGGCGGUUAUCAUAUACUAAAGUUAUAACGUGAUACCGUUAUUAUAGGCAACGGAUGUGGGGAUUUAAAAAAAAAAAUGGAUUUAAAUUAGCUGGAAAUUAAGUCAUCAUUUUUCUGUUAGAGGGUUUACCAGAAGUCGUAUUGGAGGAAUAAGAAUAUUUACAUUACAUUGUUUGGAGGGGAGUUUUAUUCUGACUGCACGAAAUGUCUGAAAAACACGGAGGUUACCAAGGUCUGGAGGACUCCAAUCGGCAGGCCAUGUCCCAACCCAUGCAGCAAAUGCAGCCCCCUCCAUACCUUCCCUCCCAGGACCCUAACAUGGGCCAACAACACCCCAACAUGCAGCACCCCAACAUGCAGCACCCCAACAUGCAGCACCCCAACAUGCAGCACCCCAACAUGCAGCACCCCAACAUGCAGCACCCCAACAUGCAGCACCCCAACAUGGGCCCUCCGCCCGGCUGUGGCCUCCAGCCCAACUACCCCCCUCCACCCCCGCCCCCUGGCUCCGAUGGCUACCAGGAGACCCAGUUCCACAAUGGCUCCUACGGACACCCAGGGGCCCCACAGGGCUACACAGUCCAGACCCAGGGCCCGGGAGGGGGGGUCCCACACGCCCCUGUAGGGUAUUUUCAACCAGGAUACCCUCUCCAGCUGCAGCCCUGCACAGCCUAUGUUCCUGUCUACCCCAUGGCGUCGGGACAGCCCUACCAGGGGAUGCCCCAGGGUCAGAUGGGCAUGCAGAUGCCCCAUGGCAUCGCCCUGAUGGAGCCCCGGCGCCCGCCUCACGACUACCUGCCAAUCGCUGUGCUCACCACCGUCUGCUGCUUCUGGCCCACAGGAAUCAUAGCCAUCAUCAAGGCAGUACAGGUGCGUACAGCAGUGGCCAGGGGGGACAUGGUGACGGCAGAGAUAGCGUCCCGCGAGGCGCGUAACUUCUCCUUCAUCAGCCUGGCGGUGGGCAUUGCCUCCAUCGUCCUGUGUACCAUCCUCACCGUGGUAGUCAUCAUCGCCUCCCAACACCAUGACGAUGACUGGGAACCCUAAUACCUAACGCAGUGUGGCAUCAUGGGAUAUGUAGCUUUGGGUGGAGAUUGAAGAAUAAGAGCACCGGAAUUCACUCUCUGAAACUGGUAUGUUAUAUUGGGGUAUAUAUAUAUAUAUAUAUAUAUAUGCACCCUGUGUACUGUAUAUACAGUACUGACCUGACCUACUGACUACUAAUGGGUUGAGAACCAAUCACACUUAUAUUCAAUUGCCAAAACAAAUAGGUACACAUUAUUUGCCAGUAUUACUUACCAUUUACACUCGGAUAUAAUAGCGCUCCAUAGCACUUAUGGGGGAAACAGAGUACAUACACAGAGGCAUUAAAGGGCAAUUACACCACAUUUCAACCUCAUUUUCAUUAUCUAUAGCACAGUACCAGUGUCUACAUUUGUGAAAAUGUUGCAUGACAUCAUCAAAAGUACAAAGAAAUAACAACUGUGAUUUUCAAAAACUAUGAGAUUCACAGUGAUGUGGGGAGUAAGAAAAUGCCCUCCCUCUGGCUAGAAACUCAUUGCAGGUUUUGAAAAUCACAGUUUUUCUUACUUUUACUCCUGCCUUGUGAUGUCACAGAAUAAUUUUUAGGACCUUCUUCUCUUUUUAACCACAGAUCAUAGAAACGUGCAAUUUUCACAUAUGUAGACACUGGUAUGGUGCUGGAGAUAAUGAAUAUGAGGUUGAAAAGUGGCAGAAUUGCCCUUUAACUAUGAAUUACAGAUUAAUUUAUGGUCCCCUUGAACCUAGGUAGACCAAACCAUGGAUCACACUGUAUCUUGAUAAACUAUUUAAGCCUUCACAAAACUGCCAAAUAGAUCACAAAUCAUGACUGACAUUAGUGCCAUAUAUAAUUAGUAUUGUGUAAAGAGGUUGUUUUGAAUUACUUCUAAUAUAAAUACUUUUAUUGAAUUGUGUUUAGUCAUUUAUAGUUUUUGAUUUAUGAUUUUCAUAAACACCCGCCAUCUAACGAUAGUAUUUUUAAAAUAUUGAUUAAAUGGAUAGUAUAAAUUAUAGUAUAAGACUGCCAAACAGACGUAGGUAUGGAGGGAUACAAAUGAUCAGUAUUCAUUUUACACACAAUCAAAUGGAAAGUAAAUGAAGACAUAUUGUCUUAUUAUGAGAUUAAUAUAUGAAAAUUGUGAAAAAAGAUGGAGAUUUUUCUCGUUGGAUGAAUGACAUCUCUAUUUAAAGUUGUGCUGAUGGAGGGAUACACCAUAGGGUGUACUGUGUCGGUGUCUUUUUCCCCGCCUUUUUUUUACAUGACAUGGACUUUUUUAGCUACAAAUUGUUUGUUGCAUAAGAUUGUUUAAUACUUGUUCACUUUAUUUAUUUAUGUAUUUAUGUAUAUUAUAAUUUAUUAGUUUAUUUAUAAUAUUUAUUUUUCAUAGAUUAUUAGCAUGUCACCAUUGUGUUUUAGUUGAAAUCAAUAGUUUAUUGUAUCCCUAUUGGCCUAGAAAACCUUAACUAAACUCAGCAAAAAAAGAAACGUCCUCUCACUGUCAACUGCGUUUAUUUUCAGAAAACUUAACAUGUGUAAAUAUUUGUAUGAAUAUAAGAUUCAACAACUGAGACAUAAACUGAACAAGUUCCACAGACAUGUGACUAACAGAAAUGGAAUAAUGUGUCCCUGACCAAAGGGGGGGUUAAAAUCAAA